UGGAGUGGACGCACGGACGGACGUCCUCGCUCGUCUUCAUCUCGUGUCUAGCGGCUUUUUUUUUCUUUCCUAAAUGGCAACGACGGCCGACGAGCAGCGGGAACCGGAGGACGUUGUUGCGCUGUCGACGCACCACGGCUGCCACCACAACAGCAACAACAACAACAAUAACAACAACAAAGACAACGAGGCGGGUGAGAGCGCGACGUCCGCCAGCACGACUCCAUCAGGCGGGACGGUGUCGCAGAGCAUGUGUAACGGCUCGGUCAUCAACCCCAACGGGGGGAACAACGGGAAGUGGGUACGGCUGAACGUCGGUGGCACGGUGUUCCUCACAACGCGGCAGACCCUCCUAAAAGAGCAAACUUCGUUCCUGUACCGGCUGUGCCAACAGCAGGACCUCCACUCAGACACGGAUGACUCGGGAGCCUAUGUGAUUGACAGAGACCCUACCUACUUCGGUCCCAUCCUCAACUACUUGCGGCAUGGCAAAUUGGUCUACAACAAGGAGCUGGCUGAAGAAGGUGUCCUGGAGGAGGCGGAGUUUUACAACAUCACCCCACUGAUCAAACUGGUCAAGGAGAGGAUCGUGGAGAGGGACUCCAAAGCCACGCAGCAGGUGCCUCCGAAGCACGUCUACAGAGUGUUGCAGUGCCAGGAGGAGGAGCUCACCCAGAUGGUCUCCACGAUGUCGGACGGCUGGAAGUUUGAGCAGGUCAGCGUGCGCGCCUGCAGAAAGCCCCGCACCGGACUGCUCUGGACUAUGGUGAACAUCGGCUCGUCAUACAGCUAUGGAACAGAGGACCAGGCGGAGUUUCUGUGCGUCGUGUCCAAGGAGCUUCACACUCCGGGAUCGGGACUGGCUACUGAACAGAGCCACAAAACCAAGCCGGCGGAGAUGCAGGAGGAGGAAGCCGCAAAGCAUGAGGAGGAGGAGGAGGAGGAGGAGGGAGGGAGAGAUACCACACCAAAUGAGUGGCUUAGGGAAUGAGGGAGUCAUGUUUCUUUGUUCCAAAGAGAGGCGGGAAUGGCUCUUCCAGAUCCAUGGGUCCCGGAUGUAGAAAUCACAAGAAUUUGUGUAAAAUUAUAAAAGUAAUUUCUUUUCUAGGCUUAAUAUGACAUAUUGUUGUAUGUGUGCGUCAACAGACGCAGUCAUCAAAACAGAUUUGUAGCAUUGUCAUCAGGUCAUUGACAAAAUGCCACUUAGAAAGAUUACCAAAUGACCAAAAAGGAAAAAAAAUCUCAAUCUCUCUCAAUCUUAAAUCUCACAGUUGGGCACAACAAUAUCUUCCAAAACAAUUUUUCAGUGAAACAAAUUUUAUUAGUAGAAAUCUUCAUGUGUUGCUGUGUGCAAGCGUUAUAUUGCCACGGGCUGUAGUGGAGCUUAGUAAAUUCUAACCAAAGAUCCAGUUUAAAGCUGGCCGAACCAGGGUGCUGACCCAAAAUCUUCGUCACUAUGAUGUGAUAGACGACGAAUGGUGCGAACGGAUUGGAUUACAUCUGUGUUGUUGCAUCUUCGGAUUAUUACAUUACCUAAUGUUAACACAAGGCCUUUGUUCCCAUAGUCUUCUCCUUUAUUUUGCACUUGAGGCAGAAGUUUCGAGAACAAAAACAAAACCGGCCGGGAAACAAAACCGCCACAGUGACCCCACCAGCUGUUGACUGCAAACAUUUCAGCCAGGACCAACUUUACUUAUUAAGCUUGUAGGAAAUAAUGAUGGUCAUUUUAUUUAUUUGUUGCUGUCAGUGUGAAAAGGGUUGAACGCUCCACAGCCCGUGGAGUCAGGGCGAGAGCAGAUCUUGGCAGUGUGCUCGGCUCAUACGCGAGUCAGCGAAGCCUUCGGUUCUGAGUUGCGUCCGCUGCGUUGACCCAGAUCUACCAGCUCGCAGGUCUACUUAUUUGCUCUCAGUGUGAUCCUGGGCUAACGCUGGUUUGACCUCAUGGUCUUAGCUGUUAGCUUAGCCAUUUCUUGGUUCAUUUGGCUUUGAAUUGACAGAUGGAAACUGCUUGCUGUGGGAUAUGUACUGUAUCACCACUGCAUGAUUUACUGGUCCCCUUACAAAGGUUCCAUCUGGCUACAGACUGUCAGACAGGGAAACAGUCAUUGUCCAACCGAGCUCAAAGUGAAAGCAGAGAGCGCACACACCCUGCACCGACAAAAACACACUGCUCUACAUUUUCCCCUGCACCAACACCCUGUUGUGCACUGGUACACACCUGCAGCACCUCACGCCGGUGCAUGCUCAGCUGCAGCAGCGUGGUCUCAGUCAGCCGCACCUGGCUGGGAUCCAGAGCCAGAGAGAUGUUGGCAUGAGGCUGGAACAGAGAAGGGUAGAGGGGGGGGGAAUCAUACUGAGGAGGAGAGGGUGAGACAGGAGGGUGAGGUGUAUCUUUGUUUUGUAAUAGUGAUAGUCACACAGUGUCCUCUGUCAUCAUCUUUGUUAGUACAAGGAACAGCAGAUCUGCCGCAGCGCAGCUGUGUGAUUGAAGCAGGUAGUUAGAUCAUGCGUGACUUUUAACAACCUCUGUUCCUAACUUGUGGGAACUGCACCACAGAUCAAAUUUGUAUAACGCUGUGUAUUGAAAUUAAUUCAUUUCGAAUGUUCAUCAUCAUUAUACCAUCAUAAUCAUUCAGCAAAUACACCCACCACAAGGUUUUAGCUGGAGGCGUAGUUGUUGAAUGUUGGUAAAUAAACUUAAAAUUACAGGGUGUUCCGUUUUUAUCAGCAGGUAAUAAAAUGUGUAAAUAGGCAUAUAGCCUAGGAGACAUCUACAAUAACCAAGUGUCAUGUCGUAGCUUAUCAUUUAAUGAAAAUACAUUGUUGAACAGAUGCUAGUGGAAGUUGGGCCGGACUCCGGGUCCCUUUAGAUUUUUCAUUUCCUGGAGGCAUAAAUACCUAACAUCCAGAGUUCAUCUGCAGUGGUAGGAGCCAAACAACAUUAAAACAUUACAACACAAAAGGGAAAAGAAGAAAGGGUAAGCCAUAGAAAUAGAAUGAUAGUAGGACAUUCCAUUCAAAUCAACAUAGCAGGAUGAUCAGAGCAGCAGCCAUUAUUUUGUGUAGCGUUGCCAUUGCAAAGAGCUGUGACCGUUGAAGCGGGCUAACUCAUUCUAUUUUUUUUAUGGCCAACACACGGUGCUGAGCGCCAUUUUCUUUUGAACUAGUCAAAUGACCAUUAUACUCUCAUUAACUUUCAUGUAGUAACUAUACUUAGUUAUCCAUGUUAGCUGGUUAAUCCAGUCGACAUUCCAAUUUGAAGUUAGCCAUACUAGCUAAAUUAGUUAUACUAGCCAAUAGCUGUUUAGAUAAGAUGUCUAACAGCACUCCAACAUCCUCUUAUGGCAUGAUGAAGAAAUCCCUAGAACAGCUGGGCACUGUAGUUUUUUAGCUAACGUGACUCCCAACGGGUAAAUAUAGCAUUUGUUCAGGUUUAAUUUCAGCCACAGAUUAAAACACAUUUGGUUGAUAAAUUCAUAGUUCAUUUUUAUGGAUUUUGUUGACUAGAAAAAAAAUAAAAAU